CUAAGCGACACGGCCGCGUGACCUCCAGCUUCUACCCUUGGCUUCACACAAACUUCAUCUCUCUCUGUCUGACAAUUUUCCCGCUCUACGAUUUCUUUGCGGUUUUUAUGGACUUAUGAUGGAGAAGUAAAAUGGCCAGGAAGAAAAAAGUGCCAGCGUUUGAAACUUGUGGAAGCAUGUUGUGGGAUGGAUAAUCAACAACACAGAUCUGCUAUGGCCUCCAACGACCCUGACCCCGCCGACCCCUGUGGUGACCCCCAGCCGGGUGACCUGAUCGAGAUAUUCCGCCCGGCCUAUCAGCAUUGGGCGCUCUACUUGGGCGACGGUUACAUCAUCAACUUGACUCCAGUUGACGAGAGCCAGGCGGCCGCCAUGUCCAGCGUCAAGUCCGUCUUCAGCCGCAAGGCGGUGGUCCGCAUGCAGCUGCUGAAGGAGGUGGUGGGCGCCGACUCCUACCGCGUCAACAACAAGUACGACCACACGCACACGCCGCUGGCCGUCGAUGACAUCAUCCAGCGAGCGCAGGUCCUGAUUGGCCAGGAGGUGUCCUACGACCUGCUGGGCAGCAACUGUGAGCACUUUGUCACCUUGCUGCGCUACGGCCAGGGAGUGUCCGAGCAGGCAACAAGAGCCAUGGGGGCCAUCAGCUUGGUGACGGCGGCGGCGAGCGCCUUCUCUGUCCUGGGACUGAUCAACACUCGAUCCAGGAACAGACCCUUCUGACGUCCUCUAAACAUUCUUCUUCUACAAAACCCCUCUAGAAAGUCAGAUGUCAGUCAUCAGGAAUAAAAACAA